AUGACACGCAAGAUCGAAGGCUUCUUCUUAUUACUUCUCUUUGGCUAUGAAGUCAAUGAUUCUAUGGAAUUUCUCUCUUUUUGUAAUUUCAUUUUUCCUCUCCUGUUCUUUUGCUCAGCCACAUUGGGAUUAUCAUCGACAGAGGAUGAGGGCGAGGACCCCUGGUACCACAAAGCAUGCAAGUGUGACUGCCAGGGAGGAGCCAAUGCUCUGUGGUCUGCUGGAGCUGCCUCUUUAGACUGUAUUCCAGAAUGCCCAUAUCACAAGCCCUUGGGUUUCGAGUCAGGGGAGGUCACGCCAGAUCAGAUCACCUGCUCCAACCCAGAGCAGUAUGUGGGCUGGUAUUCCUCAUGGACAGCAAACAAGGCCCGGCUCAACAGCCAAGGCUUCGGGUGUGCUUGGCUUUCCAAGUAUCAGGAUAGUAGCCAGUGGCUACAGAUAGAUUUGAAGGAGAUCAAGGUGAUUUCGGGGAUCCUUACCCAAGGACGCUGUGAUAUAGAUGAGUGGAUGACAAAGUACAGUGUGCAAUAUAGGACUGAUGAACGCCUGAACUGGAUUUACUAUAAGGAUCAGACUGGAAACAAUCGGGUCUUCUAUGGAAACUCGGACCGGAGUUCUACAGUCCAGAAUUUACUGCGCCCCCCCAUCAUUUCCCGCUUCAUCCGACUGAUCCCUCUAGGCUGGCAUGUCCGAAUUGCCAUCCGGAUGGAGCUACUUGAGUGUGCCAGCAAGUGUGCCUGA